AUGGGAGUCACAGAUAUCACUAUCAUCACACCACCUGCAUCGAAGAAGCCGAUAGAGGCUGCCUUGGCUCAACACCCAGACCUUACUGCUCUCCCUUCGCCAAAGCCCGAUCUUUUAGCCCCUGCUGACCUUGAAUUCAACACACCAACAGCAGAGCUGCUAAGACUUCCAGAAGUGCAGAAUGUCAUCAAAUCAGACUUUCUACUUCUACCAUGCGACCUGAUAUGCGAUAUACCUGGUGACGCCCUAUUAGAAUCGUACCUGAUAAGCAUGGCUGGCAUAGCUGGUACAGGUGCCGACUUCGGAACUCAGUCACAACUCAAGACACGGAACCAGUUUGGACUCGGCGCAGAAGGUAGUGGACGACGUGGUGGGCUUUCCGUCUGGUACAAUACGGUCAACAGAGAGGAAAGUGUCAAAAAGGAAGAAUGUGAUUUCAUGGGCACGGUUGCGCUCGAUACCUAUCAUAAAGCACCAUUGCAGAAAGUUUCAGAGCUACCUGACGGGCGACUGAGAAAGCUCGUCUGGACGACUCCAAUGUCUGAAGUAUUCGAGGAAGCUGAAGAAAAUAAGGCCUGGAGGAUUCGACAAUCGCUUCUUCGAAGGUACGGCUCAGUCAAAUGCAUGACUCAAUAUCGCGAUUCGCAUAUAUACUUUUUCCCGAAAUGGGUGAAGGAGUUCGCAAUGCAGAACGAGGAUUUCGAGAGUAUUAGCGAGGAUCUGGUCGGUACCUGGGCUAAGGCAGAGUGGCGGAAACCAACCUUUAGAGCACAAUUUGGAGCCAACAAGAUCUUCAAGAAAGCAUCGGCACCCACAACAAAUGGCACGGGUACUGAAUCUCGCAACAAGAACAUUGAAGAAGAAAUAGAUCUAUUAUCACUCAGCAGCACACAAAUUACACAACAUGUACCAAAUGCGACGCAGCUCAAACCAUCACAACCCAUACAAUUCGCUUCCCGUGUGCAAGGAACGAAUCCAGAAGACAGCAUGAUAUCGACCACAACGGACGAGUCAACACAAGACGACGAAGACGGCCAAGGUAACGAGCAAGACUCAUCUAUACCACACCUUCCACCCAUGCUAAGCUUUAUGCUUUCCUCAGCACCAUCCGCGCCACUUGUACGGCGUGUCGAUUCAACGCCACUACUACUCUCCGUCUCUCUACUCCUCGCAAAACUGCCAUCACACGACCAGAUCUCAUCAACCACAACACCCAGCCCAUUCUCCCAUCCCUCCAAGAUCCACCCUACAUCACAACCCCCACAGCAGCACUGCACAAUCAAGCAAUCCUGCAUUGGUAGUAAUUGCACCAUUGGUGCCGGAGCACGGAUUCAAGACUGUGUAAUUAUGGACGGAGCGCAAAUUGGAGAGAAGGCUGUAAUCAGUGGAAGCGUGAUAGGCAAGAAAGCGGUCAUUGGUAAGGGAAGUAAACUCAAGGAUUGUGAGGUGCAGGAUGGCAUGGUGGUUGGUGAGGGUGUCGAUGUGAAGAAUGAGAAGUUUUUGGUGGGUGGCUUCGAGGAAGGCGAUGACUUUGGAGAAGAGGAUGAUGACGAUGAGUAG